AUGGAGAUUAAUACGAAGUACAAGGAGGUUGAUAGAGAACCAUUCAAUGAUCCAACAUUGUAUCGGAAGUUGGUGGGAUCAUUAGUUUAUCUCACUAUGACAAGACCAAACAUCUCAUAUGCAGUACAAGUUCUAAGUCAGUUUGUGGUUAAUCCUUACCGUAUACAUCACACUGCAUUACUUCGUGUCAUUCGAUAUGUUCGUGGUUCUAUGAUUCAAGGUGUUCUUUUUCGUUCUGAUUCUUCUAUACAUCUUGAAGGAUAUAUUGAUGCAGAUUGGGCUGGUUGUCCUAAUUCUCGUCGCUCUGUUACUGAGGCUGAGUAUCGUGCUAUAUCGGCUGCAAGUUCAGAAAUUGUUUGUCUAUGA